UCGGUCCUCACCAUCUUCCUAUCAAAGACCAAGAGACCAAAAGACCAAAAGACCAUGACUAUCAGUCUUUCCCCCGAUGAGCCCAAGCUGCAACCCCAGGGAAGCACCUGCUAUAGCAGCAAGUAUCUGGCAGACUACUACGAUCUCCACAUUGAGGACUGGAACGACGCUGGGCUCUAUGGCGACAAGCUCGACACCAUGAUCUCCCAGGUCUCCCCGCCGGUGACGGUGUUCGACAUAGGCACAGGCAGCGGGCGUGUCAUCCACAGCCUGCUCGCGGCUAAGCCACGCGCCAACGUCCGGUUUCUGGGGCUGGACAUCGAGCCUCAUAUGCUGGAGCGGGCGCGGCAGCUCACCGAUCCGUCCGUGGCAGACCAGAUUGACUGGCUGCUCGGCUCUGCCGACAAUCUUGAGUCCUUGCCCGUCUUCCAGAACGGCCCUCCUUUCGUCGAUAUGAUCACGUUUGCCUGCGGGAGCAUCUGUCAUCUCCACCAGCCGGGCCAAGGCGAGCGAUUCUUUCAACAGAUUGCUAAAGUCCUCAAGCCCGGGACCGGGCGGGCCUAUGUUUCCGUGCUGAAUAUGCUGACCGACGGCGGAGAGGCUCAAGCCCAGGCCUUGCGACCCCCGUUCGGAAAUGAUCCCGUCGCGAGCAAGGUUCUCCCGGGGAUUCUGUAUCGCGAGACCUGGCCGCGGCAUGAGUUGAUCGACAAGGUCUGGCACACCGCGCGGCAUAUCGUCGCUUUUCGGCUCCUCCCAGGUGGAGAGGAGCAAGUAGUAGAGUACAACGUGAGUGAGCGCGAGGCUCGUGUGUGGACCGAGGCCGACCUACGCGCGGCAGCAAAGAUUGCAGGCCUCCAGCUGGUGGAAAAGAUCGUGCAGGAGAAUGAGACGGGGCUGCCGGAGACCAUUUUUGUUUGGGGCGUGGAUGUCUAGACAGAAGUCUUUUCAUUCCAAUGCGGUUGGAUUCAAGAUGUAAAUCUUACGAGACUAGGCUGGCAUGACUGCGAAUGUGCUUGGGGAGUCUUCGGAAGCAUUUGCGGAU